AUGGCGCAGAACCUGUAUGGUCCUGGAGUGCGGAUGGGCAACUGGAACGAGGACAUCUACCUGGAGGAGGAGCUCAUGAAGGACUUCUUGGAGAAGAGAGGUAAAGGACAGCUUCUCAUACAGAGAAACAGAAGACUCAAAGAGAAUCUCUUGAGACCGAUGCAGCUUUCCGUGUCGGAGGAUGGGUACGUUCACUGUGGCGACAAGGUGAUGCUCGUGAACCCCGCCCACGCGGAGGUGGAGGCCCACCUGUUUCUGGGCGGGGACCUGAGCCUGUGCGCGACUCCCGAUGAAAUUAAAGCGCAUCUGAGCGACGAGUUAGAGGUGCCGUGUGGCCUGAGCGCAGCUCAAACCAGGAUCCCGGUUGGCAGAAACACUUUCACCAUUUUGAGGGCAGACGGAAACGCCACGGGUCAAGUCCUCAGAUACGGACAGGACUUCUGCCUCGCGACCACGGGAGGGUUUGAAGACAAAAUGCUGUAUUUAUCCAGUGACCACAGGACCCUCCAGAAGUCGUCCAAGAGAUCUCUACUCCAGGAGGCGUACCUGACGGAUGAGGUCUCCUACCUGAGCUGCUGGCAGGCCGCCUUCCUGGACCCCCAGCUGCGCCUGGAAUACGAAGGCGCCCCCGUUCCGGUGAGCUCUAGGCUGUUGAAGAUGAUGUGGACAGCUUACCCAGGGCCGUUACCCCGUUUCCAACCCGUGUCCCUUCUCUCUUGCCCCAGUACCCAUUUCGGGAAGGAAGCUGAGGUGGCCGUCCACACACAUCUGGAUUCACACAGAGUCGAAAAGCCGAGCAACCGUUGGAUGUUGGUGACCGGGAAUCCCAGGAAAGACUCGUCCACCAUGUUGGACCUGCCCAAGCCACUGGCUGAGGCCCCCCCAGCCCUGGAGCAGGCCACGGACCCCGGGGCGCAGUGA